UAGAUGUAAAUAAACAUACUGUAUAAUAUAAUAAUAUCCACCGCAUAAACAAACGACCCUGUAGUAUAAGAAAAUAUGCAGAGGGCUAUAGAGGAAAGAAAGUUAGCUCGAAGAUUCUUUAAUGGCGCAGUAAGUAAGUUAGAAGAAUCUUUAACUAACAGAGAUAAAGAUGCCUCCGAAACCAAUUUUUCUAUUCUUACCAUCAGAAACAAAAAGUUGAAUACUAUUAACAAUAAAAUAAUAGAUUUAUGGCUAGAUUUAAAAAACAGAGACGAAAGCGCAUAUGACGAGGAUAUUAAAUCAAUAGAGAAGUACCAAGAUAUAUGGUUUACGAUGAAACUGAAAUAUAAAAAUGUAUUUAAUAAUUGCAAAAGUAACAUUGAAACUGAAUUUCAAGCGAGUUACGUCGAAGAUACCGUUGUGAAAAAUACCUGGCGGCUUCCUCGUUAUGAUGGUGAUGUGAAGAAGUGGAUAGGCUUCUGGGGGAAGUUCAAAAAGAUCCAUGAAGAUAUCAGCAUAGAUGAAAGUAUGAAGUUCCAGUAUCUGCUGCAAUCGAUGGAACCAGGAUCUCCUGCUGCUAUACUAGUAGAAAGCUUUUCUUCUAACUAUCAGAAAGCUGUAAAACAACUUAAAGAACAAUUUGGUCGUGAUGAUCUUUUGAUUCAAAUAUAUGUUCGUGAGCUGUUGACAUUAGUUCAGGAUCAAACAAGAGGGAGCGCUACGCAAAUUGGAGUAUUAUAUGAUAAACUUAAAACUCAACUGUAUGCUUUAGAUAGUUUGAAUGUCACUACUGAUAAAUACGCAUCUAUGUUACGUCCUUUAGUCGAAUCCGCUCUGCCCAUAGAACUGCUUUGUAAUUGGGAACAGACUGAAUUUUAUGAAAAGGAUCAGUCUGACUAUUUUAAUAACCUUCUUAACUUCAUUAAACAAGAAGUCGAGAGCGAGGAAUGUUUUAAUAUUUCUGAUUUAGUCAGAGUAGAUUAUGGUCAAAGUAGUUCUUCGAAAUUUACUGCCUCAGGAGAAAACGAUGUCGUUCGAGUACCACCAGUUGGAAUGGCAGAAAAGGUUCGACCAAACCAAAGUUUAUAUCCAUUGAAGAUCAACAAAGGUCAUCGCCAUAAGAAUCAAGUACAUACAUAUAAAAUACAACAACUGGACAAUGAAACGGAAGAAGAAAUAGAACAUCCAGCUGUUAAUUUCAAUAAGAAAGAUAUAAUUGAUUUAACAAUAGAAGACUAA